AUGAAUCCAAAACAACUGGGUGGCGAAAAUGUGGUGAACUCGGAAAACAAUGUUGGCCAGAAAGAAAAGAAAUUUAGAGCUAGCCGCAAGCGGUCCCUUGUUUGGGUUCACUAUGACUCAUUUGUCAACCAGAAAGGAGAGCAUAAAAGUAAGUGCAGAUACUGUUCUAAAGAGUAUUUUUCUAAUACUAGAGUUCAUGGAACCAGCACUCUACGUGGUCAUCUAAGGGUCUGCGAACAGUAUCCGGGGAAUAAGUCGACUGGUCAAACUAGUUUAACUAUUCAAAUUGGGGAUGGUGAUGAUGAUAGGAGGAUGAUUGGUUGGAAAUUUGAUCAGCAAUCAAUCAGGAAGGCGUUAGCAUACAUGAUUGUUGUUGAUGAGCUUCCAUUCAAAUUUGUCGAGGAUACUUGGAUGUCUGUUCAAAGGAUAAACUAUAUGUCUCUUACUGCUCACUAUGUCGAUAAUGACUGGAUAUUAAGAAAAAAAGUCUUAAACUUUUGUCCAAUUUCUAGUCAUUGUGGCGUCGAUAUUGGAAAAGCAGUAGAGAUGUGUCUGAUAAAAUGGGGAAUCGAGUCUAAUGUGUUCACAAUCACUGUUGAUAAUGCCACCGCUAAUGAUGUAGCUGUUGCAUAUUUGAAAAGUAAGUUUGCAAACUGGGAGAAAUGUGUGUUAGAAGCAAAAUGGUUACAUGUCCGAUGCAUUGCUCAUAUCAUGAAUCUCAUUGUCCAAGACGGUUUAAGUCAUAUAGGGAAGUCUGUUGAUCGUGUUAGGGUUGCUGUCAAAUAUAUACGACAAUCCCCUCAAAGGCUAAGGAAGUUUAAAGAAUUUGCUGGGAUUGAGAAGUGCCCGAGCACUAAGACAUUGAUUCUAGAUGUCCCUACUCGUUGGAACUCAACUUAUAUGAUGUUGGAAACUGCUCAGACUUAUGAAAGGGCAUUUGCUAGAUAUGAUAGUGAGGAUCGACAUUAUAGAGAUGAUCUGGAGAAAACUGGUGUGCCUGAAUCAUCUGAUUGGGCAAAUGUUAGGCGACUGGCUAGGUUUUUGCAACACUUUUAUGAUCUCACUCUAAAAGUGUCAAGGACACGUUAUGUCACAUCUAACACUUUCUUGGAUGAUAUAACCUCCAUUGAUGCUGUUUUAAAGAGUUGUAUUACAGGUGUUCGUGAUUCAGGUUUGGUUGAGAUGGCAAAGCUCAUGAAAUCCAAGUAUGACAAGUAUUUUGGAAGUAUUGAUAAAUGUAACAUGUUAACACUCGUUGGUUCAAUGCUUGAUCCCACUCGUAAGAAAGAGUACAUGGAAGUGUUGCUUGUUGAUGUGUAUGGAGAUUUAGAAGGGACAUCCAUGAGUGGGAUGAUAGAAGAUUUCUUGUAUGAAAUUUAUGAAGAUUAUGUAAGAAUCCAUACCCCGCCAGACUCGCCUACCAAAUCCCAGGCUUCUGGCUCUUCAGCAUCAAUGGACAAACGUUCCACACCUACUGUUAUGGAGCCAUCGAUCAUGUUAAAGCCAAAGGUGAGAAUGGAGAUGAAGCGAAGAAAAACUGAAAAUGGAUUUAGAGACUCAAAAUCCGAGCUGGAUAAGUAUUUGAAAGAGGACACCGAAGAUGAGUCCGAAGGGUUUGAUGUUUUGAGCUGGUGGAAGCUAAACAGCCCGCGAUUUCCAAUCUUGUCUUUGGUUGCUAGAGAUGUGUUGGCAAUUCCCAUUUCAACUGUGGCUUCUGAAUCUGUUUUUAGUACAAGUGGGAGGGUUUUAAAUGCUUUCAGGAGUUCCCUAACCCCUGCUAUUGUUGAGUGUUUAAUCUGUACACAAGAUUGGCUUCGUUCAACUGCCAUGCCGGUGGAUGUUGCUGAAAAUUGGGAAGAGCUUAUACAAGUUGAAGAAGAGCUUUUGCAAGCUGUUUGA